UAGAGUAAGCAACAUUUUUUUUUCAUUUUAUUGUAUUGUUCUAAUAAAUUGCGAUAGCAUACUUGUAAUUGUAAUUGACAUAAUUCUAAUUUUACAGGACCGAAUGGGUUAAAAGUUCGAGUCCUUAUCCUAUUAGUCUUAAUUUAAGACAAAUAAGUAGCAUACUAAAAAUGAAUGAAAAUAUGGACGUUAGUUGCUUUAAUAUGGCUGUACGGAUACUGGCGUGGCAUGACAUCCAGCUUGCUAGGGAUGUCCCAGUCCACUACAUGGAUUUGAACUUCUGUUUGAUGUCUCAAUAUGCACGAGAUCCAAGUCGUAGUGACUAUCCUGACGUUGCUCGGUUGGCUCAGUUGUUUCUUAGCUGGCCUGACAGCAAUGAGUAUCAUAUAUCUGAAUGCAAUAUGAUUUUAUUGCCUUGGGAUAUUGUUGGGUUAUUCCAGUUGUUCGUCUUGGAUCGGCACAAAAAAGUUAUCUCUUUUUUGGACCCGCUUCCAAUACCAUAUUUAGCGAAGACUAUACUUAAAAAUGUGGCCGAUAAUUUUAAUCUUGCCCUCGAAGUUGCAAACCCUGCAUCAAAGGAUGACAUAACUAAAUGGGGUUGCAAGGCUCCCAAAGUUCCAACAAAUCUAGACGAGUAA